AUGAGACUGGAGCUGAUUGAGCAGGCCAAGAGCGGAAGGGACAUAUGGGAGGUGGACAGGAACACCGAGAUUACAAUGCUGCUCACAAAGACCAAACUUGAAAAACUCAUGCUGUGGAAAGGCGUUGAAAGGAAAGACCAACCCAAACUCAUUGGAGGUAAAAGAAAGAAGUGGUUGGAAGUACGCGAUAAGGACCCGCCUCUUGUUGGAGAGUGGACUGAUGAAGAUGAAGCUGGAUUGACGAAACUUCGUUCCAAAGACGUUGACAUCGAAGAUACAGCUAUCGGGCGUGCCAAGAUCACAGUUCAACGUGAAAUGAAAUCAUUCUUUGACAAUCUCUCUCAAGAGAAGCAACAAGAGUACUUGGAUCAGCUUGAAAGAUCUAAAAAGUGUAGUGAUAACUAG